AGACGGUAAACCGAAGAGAGGGAAUUGAUGGGUCCUCGUAUCGCGUAUCGGUAGCACUUUCAGGAUCAACACUCUAUGACCUAUCAGCAUCCAUUAAGGAAUAUCAACGGCAAUCAUGGCUCCAGUUGAAUUCGAUAAGCCAUCUAUGGCGCCAAUACACGAAAGCAAUUUGGAAGACAAUCGACUUCUUCUACACGACGUGGAUCAUGACGGACGCCAAGUGACCAUUGUCCGAGAUCAACAAGGCAACUUGGCCUACCCAAAUUAUGUUCCUCCUGAUAUUGAGUUACCCACUUCACGCAAGAGGGCUACUUCGGAAGGCGUACCAAGCGAUACAAAAUCCCCCGAUCCAGCGUUAGGCCCCAAGAAGGCCAGGUCGGAGCCGGUCAACACGCCGCACCCCAAGCUAACACAGUAUUCUCCACACAUUCUUCGCCGGAGGCGACGUCGGCCCUCAUCAUUCUCGGCAUUUCCUCUUAUGAGGCGAGUAAGGGCGGAUGAUUCUAUGCUUGAUACAGCGCUGCGAGAGGCCUGCGAACAUAGUAAGGAUGACGAUACGUCUUGUUCGUCUUCAUCCGAUGUUGAAAACGGGGAGACAGAUGAAGCACUAGGUCAACCAAAAGAACGACCCAAGCGCGAAUCCUCUCAUGAUAAAUAUCGACAUUUCCGAGUAGUGAACGAAUUAUACAAAACAAAGGGUAAGGUUUCCAAGAGGGAUGGCCGAUUGAACAUUUCGGUAAAUGAUACCAGCAGCACGGGGUACCUAGCUAAGGCACUUGGCACCGCCGUGAAGAAGGUCGUGCCUAAGAAAGACGAAGAAGGAAAGGAAGGUCAUCGGCCAUCCUCCCGAUUAUCGUCAGCAAGCACCGCAGAUACGAAGCAGGUGAGAUGGCCUAAGUUGAACAUAGUUAUUAUGGUCAUUGGCUCUAGGGGGGAUGCACAGCCUUUCCUAAAAAUAGGGAAGGUGCUAAAAGAGGACUAUGGGCAUCGCGUACGAAUAGCAACGCAUCCUGCCUUCCGUGAUUUUGUUGAAAAAGACUCUGGGCUGGAAUUCUUCUCCGUUGGUGGUGAUCCGUCGGAAUUGAUGGCCUUUAUGGUCAAAAAUCCAGGCAUGAUUCCUACGCUCGAGACUGUGAAGGCUGGGGGUAUUGGACGGAGGCGCGCUGCUAUGGCUGAGAUGUUCGAAGGGUUUUGGAGGGCCUGUAUUAACGCAACCGACAAUGAGAAAGACACUCACAAUCUUAAAAUGAUGGGUGAGAGGGAUCCAUUCAUCGCGGAUGCUAUCAUUGCGAAUCCCCCAAGUUUUGCGCACAUCCAUUGUGCGGAAGCCCUGGGGAUUCCCCUCCAUCUCAUGUUCACGUUCCCCUACACACCUACCCAAGCAUUCCCACAUCCGUUAGCGACUAUCAAGAAAUCCAACGUUGACCCAGGAUAUACCAACUUCAUCUCUUAUCCACUUGUGGAGAUGAUGGUUUGGCAAGGACUUGGCGACCUUGUCAACGAUUUUAGAGUUAAAACGCUAGGACUAGAUCCGGUAUCAACCUUAUGGGCCCCAGGAGCAACUUAUCGCCUCCAUGUGCCAUUCACCUACCUGUGGAGUCCUGGAAUCGUACCUAAGCCAGAAGAUUGGGGCUCGGAGAUUGACGUGUCUGGCUUUGUCUUCCUUGACCUCGCGUCUUCAUUUGAACCGCCCGAAAAGCUUACAAAAUUUCUUGACAACGGCGAAACUCCAAUAUAUAUAGGUUUCGGAUCUAUCGUAGUCGACGAUGCUGAUCGAUUUACCGAGAUGAUCUUUGACGCUGUGAAGCUCGCCGGGGUUCGUGCAUUGGUGUCUAAAGGCUGGGGCGGACUGGGCCACGAUAAUGUACCCGAAAGUAUCUACAUGCUCGACAAUACCCCCCAUGACUGGCUAUUUCCUCGGACUCGGGCUUGCGUUAUUCAUGGUGGCGCCGGCACGACGGCUAUUGCACUUAAAUGUGGCAAACCAACGAUGGUAGUACCUUUUUUUGGUGAUCAACACUUUUGGGGGUCGAUGGUCGGUACUACAGGUGCCGGGCCUAUGCCAAUACCAUAUAAAAAAUUAAGUGCAGAGAAGCUAGCAGAAGGUAUCAGAUAUUGUAUGACGGAUCAAGCGGUUAAAGCCGCACAGAAAAUUGCUAGAGACAUCGAUCUCGAAGGAGAUGGUGCCAAAAAUGCUGUCAAAUCAUUUCACCGCAGUCUGACACUUUCGGGUAAGGGUUCCGUGCGAUGUUCGAUUCUUGAUGAUCGCGUGGCAGUAUGGCGUGUAAAACGAACAAGCAUCAAACUUAGUGCGUUAGCGGCCGAUAUUGCUGUUAGUCGGGGGCUAAUAUCUUGGCGGAGAUUACGCCUCCUCCGUCACAGAGAAUGGAAUGAUUUCGAAGGACCAGGCGAACCUAUCACAGGUAUUGUCGGUUCGCUUAUAGGAACUGUGGGCGACGUUUUUGGUGGGAUAGGUAGCGUUCCGUACCGGCUGGCUAGGACAUCAAAUAAGAGAGCAGAACAGAAAAGACGGAAAGAAAAACGAAAGCAGCAAAGUCAGCAUGCACAGCCUGGAAAUUUAGAUGGAUUCCCAUUCCCUAGCCAAGGCGCUGGCAGUCAAAUUUUUGUAGGCGGAAACGAUCGCGUAGAAAAUACUUCGAUCCUCCCGGCUAUUACACCCGGGUCAGCCCCUCUUGAACCUGCCCAGGAAGAGUACCUGAAUGAUGUCGAAGAAGGGGUAGGGAAAACAGGUCGAGCUUUGGCUCACGCGCCUGUCGAUCUUUCCUUAGCCCUAGCGCAAGGCUUUCAUAAUGCGCCUCGCCUCUAUGGCGACGAAACCGUGAGGCGUCCUAUUCGCGUCACAGGAAUACGAUCAGGUCUGAAGGCUGCGGGCUACGAAUCUGUUUACGGAAUCUACGAUGGAUUUACUGGUCUCGUACGACUACCAAUCCUUGGUGCUAGAGAAGACGGUAUCAAAGGUGCGCUUGCGGGCGUCGGCAUGGGGCUUACGGGGUUUGUGCUGAAAGAUAUAGCGGCAUUAGUCGGACCCAUAGGCUAUGCCUUGAAAGGCAUUGCUAAACAAGUCGAUCGCGGAAAACAACCUCUCAAGUACCUCCGCCGUGCACGUAUCGUCCAAGCCCAACGCGAAUUUGGUGCUUUACCCGAGUCAGAGCGCAAGGUGGCGCUCGAAGCCAUCCUGAAAGGCUGGGAUGUUAUGCACCAAUUAUCAGCCGUAAUCAUGCAAGAGAAUGAGAGGAGUCGCCUAGUAACUCGCUUCCGUGGGAAUCGUCAUGAUAAUCCAAAGAAUGCUAAAUCAUUGGGUAGAUAUGGUAAGGGUCGGGCCUUUGAGAGCGUUUCGACUGCAGAGAAAGCUAUUGAAGACAUCGCAAAAGGGGAGAGUAUCGACGAUGUGCUUGGAAAACAUGACAAGAAUACCCGCGGGUGAAUGAAUUAAUU